CCUGGUCAGUUGCCAGAGAGUUCAGGAUGAAUUAAGGAUGUCCGAUGUCAUCGUGGACACGGCGCCCAACGGAGCCAUCCAGCUUCUGAAAGAGGAGUGUUGGAAGUUGAACUUCUUGCAUCUAAAGGAUGAGACAUGCCAGGCCACUGAGCUCACUGAGCUGUAUGGACAUUCUGAGACCUCUUCAAAGGAAACUCUAAUUGAAGAGAAAAGUCCAAAGACCAAGUGCCCGGCCAGUGUCGCUGGGGCUGCUGACAUUCACAACACCAAUGAGGAGGCUUCAGAGGAGUCUCCUAAUAACGAUGUGGUGGACGUUCAGGAUGAGCUGCUGGCCCUGGUCAGUGUGGAGAAAGGGGCUGCUGGAGAUGGAAAGGUCCUCAGCAAGGUGGUGAAGCCCAAAGGGUGUCUGAAGGAGAGCUGCAAAGAUCAGCUAACCCCAACAAUCUAUGAUAUGAUUACGGAACUACCAAAGUCCUAUUUCGGAUCCACUGAGAGCCUUCCUGAGAUGUGUAGCAGAGGUCCAAAGGUGUGCAGUGGAGUGCCUGAGGUGUCAAAUGCAGUGGGAGAGAUGUCCAGUGACACAAAGACGACAGAAGCUGCUGACGACCUUCUGGACACUGGAAAUGUCCUGAGUAAGGCGGUGCAGCUAUCCACCCAGAGCCAUCCUGAGGUGUGCAAUGGAGAGGCUGAGCUGUGCAGCGGUCCUGAGGUGUGCAGUGGAGUGCCUGGGGUGAGCAGUGGAGGGCCUGGGGGUUGCAGUGGAGUGCCUAUGGUGUGCAGUGGAGUGCCUGAGGUGUCAAACGCAGUGGAAGAGGUGUCCAAUGACACAAAGACGACAGAGGCUGCUGAAGACCUUCUGGACACUGGAAAAGUCCUCAGCAAGGUGGUGAACCCCAAAGGGUGGAUGAAGCAGGACUGGGAAGAUCAGCUGACCAGAGACUUCAAUGAUAUGAUUGCAAAAGUCCCAAAGUCCUAUUUCGGAUCCACCGAGAGCCUUCCUGAGGUGUGCAGCAGAGGUCCCGAGGCGUCAAACGCAGUGGAAGAGGUGUGCAGUGACACAAUGAAGAUAGAGGCUACUGGAAAUCUUCUGAAAACUGGAAAUGGCCUAAGCAAGGUGGUGCUCCUAUCCACUGAGAGCCGUCCUGAGGUGUGCAUUAGAGUGCCUGAGGUGUUCAGUGGAGGUCCAGAGGUAUGCAGUGGAGAUUCUGAGGUGUGCAGGGAAUGUCCUGAGAUGUUCACAAGGUGGUAA